GAUGCUUUCUGAAGCCAGCAGUGUGGGAAGAGAGGUCUGGCUGGGAGUUAGGGAUAGAGCAGGACAACUCCAAGGCUCCCCUCUGGCAGCCAGACGUGCUCAUGAAGGCUCCUCGGUGAGGAGGGUGAGGCUCAAAGAGCAGAGUUCCUAGAGAGCCCCCAGCAGGCCUGAAUUGCAGUUCCUGUGCCCUGGCACUAAGACUGGCACCUUCUGCGGCCCAUGCCUUUCGCCUGCAUUGCCCACUGAAUCCCACUCGACUGUCUUCAGCCUGGUUCACACUGAGGCCCAGCCCUCUCCCACUGGCCCGGAGCAGGCCCACCUUUAGGAGGGCGUGAUGGAAAGGCCCCUGGAGGAUGGGGAUGAGUCCCCAGACUCCCAGGGCCAUGCCACCGACUGGAGAUUUGCUGUGUGCAGUUUCAGGGAUGCCUGGGAAGAGGAGGAACCUGCUUCCCAGAUGCACGUUAAGGACCCGGGUCCUCCAAGACCACCAACCGGGGCCGCCCAGGAUGAGGGGCUACAGGGCAGCCCCUUGUCUAGGAAGCUUCAGUUACUCCUGGCUGCAGAUGAGUCGGGGGAUCCCCAGAGGGGCAAAGUAGAAAGCUCCUCUGUCCUGUCGGAAGGGCCAGGUCCCUCUGGAGUGGAGAGCCUCCUAUGCCCCAUGUCCUCCCACCUCAACUUGGCACAGGGUGAGGGUGACACCCCAGGGGUAGGGUUGGUAGUGGACCCAGGUCCAAGCAGGGUGAUGCCAUCUGACUUGAGCCCUGGGGGAUUGGACAGCAACCCUGUGGGCCUUGGAGACCCUUUAUCAGAGAAAUCAUCAAAGCUGCUGGAGGCAGCCCCCAGUGGAUCCAGCCUCCCUAAGCCUGCUGACUGCCUCCUGGCCCAAGACCUCUGUUGGGAGCUGCUGGCCAGUGGUAUGGCCACCUUGCCAGGGACUCGCGAUGUCCAAGGCCGGGCAGUACUGCUUCUGUGUGCCCACAGCCCAGCCUGGCUUCAGCCUGAGUGCAGCAGCCAGGAACUCAUCCGCCUCCUGCUGUACCUGCGAAGCAUCCCCAGGCCCGAAGUACAGGCACUGGGACUGACAGUGCUAGUUGAUGCCCGAAUUUGUUCCCCAAGUUCUUCCCUCUUCUCUGGGCUCAGCCAACUACAAGAAGCAGCCCCAGGGGCCGUGUACCAGGUGCUGCUAGUGGGAAGCACGCUGCUGAAGGAAGUGCCUUCCGGGCUGCAGCUGGAGCAGUUGCCCUCUCAAAGCCUGCUGACCCACAUCCCAACGGCAGGACUGCCCACUUCACUAGGAGGAGGCCUGCCUUACUGCCACCGGGCCUGGCUGGAUUUCCGGAGGCGGCUGGAAGCCCUACUGCAGAACUGCCAGGCGUCUUGUGCCCUGCUUCAGGGGGCCAUCGAAAGUGUGAAGGCUGUGCCCCAGCCCAUGGAGUCUGGGGAGGUCGGUCAGCUGCUACAGCAGACAGAGGUCCUGAUGCAGCAGGUGCUAGACUCGCCACGGCUGGCAUGGCUACAAUGCCAGGGGGGCCGGGAGCUGACAUGGCUGAAGCAAGAGGUCCCAGAGGUGACCCUGAGUCCAGAUUACAGGACAGCAAUGGACAAGGCUGACGAGCUAUAUGACCGGGUGGAUGGAUUGCUGCACCAACUGACCCUACAGAGCAACCAGCGAAUACAGGCCCUAGAGUUGGUCCAAACACUGGAGGCCCAGGAGGGCGGACUACACCAGAUUGAAGUGUGGCUGCAGCAGGUGGGCUGGCCAGCGCUGGAGGAGCCUGGGGAGCCCUCGCUGGACAUGCUGCUCCAGGCCCAAGGCUCUUUUCGGGAGCUGUACGAGGUUGCCCAGGAGCAGGUCAGGCAAGGGGAGAAGUUUCUGCAGCCACUGACUGGCUGGGAGGCGGCUGAACUGGGCCCCCCUGGGGCACGCUUUCUGGCCCUGCGAGCCCAACUGACUGAAUUCUCUAGGGCUUUGGCCCAGCGGUGCCAGCGGCUGGCGGAUGCUGAGAGGCUGUUUCAGCUCUUCAGGGAGGCCUCGAUGUGGGCUGAGGAGGGGCAGCGAGUGUUGGCAGAGCUGGAGCAGGAACGCCCAGGGGUUGUGUUGCAGCAGCUGCAGCUGCACUGGACCAGGCACCCUGACUUGCCUCCUGCCCACUUCCGAAAGAUGUGGGCUCUGGCCACGGGGCUGGGCUCAGAGGCCAUCCGCCAGGAGUGCCGCUGGGCCUGGGCACGAUGCCAGGACACCUGGCUAGCCCUGGACCAAAAGCUUGAGGCUUCACUGAAGCUACUACCAGUGGGCAGCACAGCUAGCCUGUGUGUCAGCCAGGUCCCCACUACACCUGCCCAUCCUCCCCUGAGGAAGGCCUACAGCUUCGAUCGGAAUCUGGGGCAGAGUCUCAGUGAACCUGCCCGCCACCGCCACCACGCGGCCACUAUUGCUGCCUGCUGCAGACCAGAGGCUGGAGGAGGUGCCCCGCCCCAGGCAUCCCCUACUGUGCUUCCACCGGGCAGCUCUGACCCCAGGAGCCCCAACAGGCUACAGCUGGUGCUGGCAGAGAUGGUGGCCACAGAGCGGGAGUAUGUCCGGGCUCUAGAGUACACUAUGGAGAACUAUUUCCCCGAGCUGGAUCGCCCUGAUGUGCCCCAGGGCCUCCGUGGCCAGCGUGCCCACCUCUUUGGCAACCUGGAGAAGCUGCGGGACUUCCACUGCCACUUCUUCCUGCGUGAGCUGGAGGCUUGCACCCGGCACCCACCACGAGUGGCCUAUGCCUUCCUGCGCCAUAGGGUGCAGUUUGGGAUGUACGCGCUCUACAGCAAGAAUAAGCCUCGCUCUGAUGCCCUGAUGUCCAGCUAUGGGCACACCUUCUUCAAGGACAAGCAGCAAGCUCUGGGGGACCACCUGGACCUGGCUUCCUACCUGCUAAAGCCCAUCCAGCGCAUGGGCAAGUAUGCGCUGCUGCUGCAGGAGCUGGCACGGGCCUGCGGGGGCCCCACGCAAGAGCUCAGUGCGCUGAGGGAGGCCCAAAGCCUUGUGCACUUCCAGCUGCGGCACGGAAACGACCUGCUGGCCAUGGAUGCCAUCCAGGGCUGUGAUGUUAACCUCAAGGAACAGGGGCAGCUGGUGCGACAGGAUGAGUUUGUGGUGCGCACUGGGCGCCACAAGUCCGUGCGCCGCAUCUUCCUUUUUGAGGAGCUGCUGCUCUUCAGCAAGCCUCGCCAUGGGCCCACAGGGGUUGACACAUUUGCCUAUAAGCGCUCCUUCAAGAUGGCAGACCUUGGUCUCACUGAGUGCUGUGGGGACAGCAACCUGCGCUUCGAGAUCUGGUUCCGCCGCCGCAAGGCCAGGGACACCUUUGUGCUUCAGGCCUCCAGCCUGGCCAUCAAGCAGGCCUGGACAGCUGACAUCUCCCGCCUGCUUUGGAGGCAGGCCGUCCACAACAAGGAGGUGCGCAUGGCUGAGAUGGUGUCCAUGGGUGUGGGGAAUAAGGCCUUCCGAGACAUUGCCCCCAGCGAGGAAGCCAUCAACGACCGCACCAUCAACUGUGUCCUGAAGUGCCGAGAAGUUCGAUCUCGGGCGUCCAUUGCCGUGGCCCCGUUAGACUAUGACAGCCUCUACCUGGGGGCCUCGAACUCCCUUCCUGGAGACCCUGCCUCUUGCUCUGUUCUGGGGUCCCUCAACCUGCACCUGUACAGAGACCCAGCUCUUCUGGGUCUCCACUGUCCCCGGUAUCCCCCCAACUUCCUGGAGGAAGCAGCACUGGAGACUGAGGCAGAGCUGGGCAGCCAGCCCUCUUUGACUCCUGAGGACUCAGAGGUCUCAUCCCAGUGCCCAUCAGCCAGUGGCUCCAGUGGCUCUGACAGCAGCUGUGUGUCAGGGCAGGCCCUGAGUAGGGGCCUUGAGGACUUAUCCUGUGUCUGAGCUUGGGACUGGACGAGCAGUAGAUCCAGCAGCCUGCAGCUCCAAGGAACAUUGCCUCUCUGGAUCUGCUGUGACCAGGGUGUGGCGGACACCUGGGCCUCCUCCAACCUACGUGUGCAGCACUGUUGACUACCCUUUCUGAUGUGUGUGGCCAUCGGACUAACUGGCACGGGGCCUCUCUAGGGGAGUCUGGUUGUAGAGCCUGAAUAGGCUCCUGGCCCCAUGACCCCUUCUCCUGUCCUCAGCUCCCAUCCCAGUUGUGGGUUAAGAACAGGCUAGAGCAGACAUUGGGUGUUUUCAUGCUAUAGGCUGGUGGGGGACCAUGUGCCUCUGGGCAGUGACUAGGCUGCCCCCACCCCUCAGGAAGAACAUAGGUGGGCUCCUAGCAGCUGAUCCCCAAUCCCUGGACUUAAAGCUGAGCUGUUACCAUAGGGGCAGGUCCACCUCUACAGGGCCCUGAUGCUUGCCUGUCCUGGCCCCCAGGCCCAGCCACUUCUUUACGGGGGCAUUUUGGUUAUUUUGACUUGAUGCCUUUUGAAUAACUUUCAACAGAGUUGUCUAAAAUUAUCUUACUGGUUGUUAGGCCUUUGGUGUCUCAGAGAAGGAGUCUAGGUCUUUGAUGUGUGAUUUACUGUUUUAUUUGUUUAUAAUAAAAAAUAGACUGAUAUGUACCCACUGAUGGGCACAUGCA